UUGACUUUCAUCACCGUUUCGCCUCCUCUUUCUUCAGUGCUGAGGGAGUUAGGAGCAGAAUAGUUGGGAGUACGUGUUUACCUGUUGUGAUACGUAUUCGAAUCUUAUCCUGAGUAUUUUUGGGAUUAUUUCUCACUAUUAGACAGACUUCUACUGACCGUUUUUGCCAUUCGUGGACAUGUGAAAGACGACCGGAAUGAUAGUGGGGGAUUUAAACGUUUUUCUUUUCGUUCCGAGGGUCUUCGUUUGAUUUCAGUCAUGCAGCACUGAAAGCAGCACAGAACCCAGCUGUGCUUUGAACAGACUGAUGUGAAACCAAUUACUAUUAUUGUUCGACUUACCAAAUACCAAUACAGUUUUUUUUCGCGGGGUUUUACUGAAAGUUUUCUCCAGUUGGAAGAAGUGUUUUUUUUCCACCUCGCGCGUGACGAACUGAAGCGGCUCGCGGAGUCGGGACUACUGACCAGUGGAGGCUGUCCUGAAAAUGGAGGCUGUUAUCGAGAAGGAAUGCAGCGCACUCGGAGGACUUUUCCAAACACUUAUCGGAGACAUGAAAAGCAGCUGUCCUAUUUGGGAGGAUUUUAUCAACAAGGCAGGGAAACUGCAGUCUCAGCUCAGGGCGACUGCGGUUGCUGUGGCUGCCUUCCUGGAUGCUUUUCAGAAAGUGGCUGACCUGGCUACCAACUCCAGAGGGGGCACAAGAGAUAUUGGAUCUGCUUUGACCAGGAUGUGUAUGAGACACCGCAGCAUAGAGGCUAAACUCAAGCAGUUCUCCAUGUGCUUUCUGGAAGGUUUGAUUAACCCUCUACAGGAACAGAUGGAAGAGUGGAAAAGAGGGGUCAACACUUUGGACAAGGACCACGCUAAAGAGUACAAAAAGGCUCGGCAGGAGAUUAAGAAGAAGUCCUCAGACACUCUGAAGCUUCAGAAAAAAGCAAAGAAAGCUGAUAAUCUCGGCCGAGGAGAUAUCCAGCCCCAACUGAACAGCGCAAUGCAGGAUGUGAGUGAUAAAUACAUUCUUCUUGAAGAGAACGAGAAACAGGCCUUAAGGAAGGCUCUUAUUGAAGAGAGACAGAGGUUUUGCUGUUUUGUGGGGAUGCUAAGGCCUGUGGUGGAUGAGGAGACGUCGAUGUUGGGAGAGCUUACCCAUCUCCAGACUAUCUCUGAAGACCUUAAGGCUCUGACCUCUGACCCUCACAAACUUCCUCCAGCUUGUGAACAGGUGAUCACAGAUCUGAAGGCCUCAGACUAUGGCUGGUUAUAUCACACACCGCCCUCAUCUCCCAGUACCACCAUGUCCAGGAAGUCCAGUAUGUGCAGUAGUUUGAACAGCGUAAACAGUAGUGAUUCCAGGGGAUCCAGUGGCUCCCACUCUCAUUCUCCUUCCUCCUCUUCUUCCUCCUCUUCCUCACACCACCUUUUCCAAAACCACCACCCUCGCCAUCGAUACCGCAGCUCCACGCUGCCCCAGCAGACCCCGGCCCGGCUCUCCAGCAUCUCUUCCCACGACUCGGGCUUCAUCUCUUCAUCACAAGACCAAAACACGUCGUCCUCGCCAAUGUCAGCGGAAUCAAAGCCUGCCUGCCCACUGCCAGCCUCUCUGCCCCAGCCCUGUCCCAGUUCCAGCUCCUCUGAGGUGUCAGAGGCUGAGCAUCCUCACAGCGACUGCAGCUCCCCCUCUUAUCUCACUGCCGCUACUGCAUCCCAGCACACUACUGACGAGCUGUCCAACGGCUUUGACCACUACAGCCCGGCAGGGUCCCCCCACCUGUACAGCAGUGGGGGGAGUGUCAGCUUCAUGUCAGGAAAUGCCUUCCCCUUCUUCCCAUCCACCUCAUCCUCCAGCCCCACCCGUUCAUGGUCACGUCCCGCCUCGGCGUUGCUGCCGGACUACCCCCCCUACUGCACUCUGGGCUCCCCCAUGUUUCCUUCAUCCCGCGUCCCCAGCUGGAAGGACUGGGCCAAGCCAGGACCUUAUGACCAGCCGAUGGUCAACACUCUGAGGAGGAGGAAGGCCAAGGACACCUCCGCUGGGCUGGACAGUAACUCUAGCAGUUGGUCAUCAGGCCAGGCUUCAACCUCAGCGCCAUCUCCUCAAGGGUUAAAAACCUCCGGCCAAUCAGAGGAGAGGAACGGGGUCAUCCCUGCAGCUGUAAAGCCCGGUGAUAUGAAGACUCACGAUGAGCUGGCCCUGGCCUUAUCCAGAGGUCUGGAGCUGGACACUCAAAGGUCCAGCAGAGACUCCAUCCAGUGCUCCAGUGGUUACAGCACACAGACCAACACGCCCUGCUGCUCUGAGGACACCAUACCGUCACAAGUGUCGGACUGUGAUUACUUCUCCAUGGCAGGAGACCAAGAGCCCGAGCAGCAGCAGCAGCAGUCAGACUUUGACAAGUCCUCCACCAUUCCCAGAAACAGUGACUUCAGUCAGUCCUACAGGCGCAUGUUCCAGACCAAACGGCCCGCCUCCACAGCCGGCCUGCCCAUCGCACCAGCAGCUUAUCCCGGACAGGUGACCUCCACUGUGGGGCCUUAUCCGUCCACACCCAUCCAUGCAGGAGCCUACCCAUCUACCCCCGCAGGGGCUUAUCCCCCGACUCCAGGUCACGGUCCAGUCAUCAUCACCCCUGGAGUUGCCACGAUCCGCCGUACUCCCUCCAAACCCUCCACCCGUCGCUCGGGCUCAGUGAGCGCAGGCCCCAUUCCCAUCCGUACUCCUGUCAUCCCUGUUAAAACUCCGACUCCCCCCGAUGCGCCAGGAGCGGUUAACGGCACCAGAGGUGCAGAGGAGAUGAGAGGCGGAAUGGAAAUCCCAGAUUCUUUGAUAUUUUCAGGACCAAACAAUGGCGACAUACUCCCCAUGGUGUCCUGGAGCGGUCAGGCCUCCACCAACCCUCCAGCUGCGCCCCAAGGAGGUGGUGGAGGCGGUGGAGGCGAUGUCAUCGGAGAGGCAGAGGAGGGAAACAUGCUGGUGGCCAUCCGCAAGGGGGUGAAGCUCAAGAGAACUCUCACCAACGACCGCUCUGCACCGCGCAUCGCCUGAUGACGCGCUCGCAGCAAAGGUCAGCUAAAGCCAGCGACCUCUUGGAUGUUCAGUUUGUCCUGCAGCGUCACGGUGUGCUUAGAGAGGCUGCUCGUGCUUAUACUUCUAUCAGCUGUAGUCUACAUGCAAUCCUGUAGGUCUCCAGCAUCUACAAAAGCUUUAAAUUCAUCUAUAAUUUGGGGUCCAGUGCAGAAAUAUGCCACUUAAGCAAUUAUUCCCCCCACUACAAGAUGAUUGUGCGCCCUGUGUGCUUGUUUCUGUUGAAGUCGAGUGAUUUCAGAGCUGAUGAGAGCUAGAACUCCAGAGGACUUCAGCCAAAGAACUAGAUCCAGAGCUCAGCAGAGACGUUGGGCUGGUUUGUUCAAAGGACAACGUGUGUUCAGUUGGUGCUUUCUUCUACUACGAACCCAACAGUAUAAAAGAGGGAGUGUUCAGAUGAUCCUGGAGUGUUCAGAUGAUCCUGGAGCGUCGACUCAGCUGUGACGUCCUCCAAACGGAGCAAAUGGAUGAAGGACGACACCGCCAGAGCUUUUCUCUGACCUUGAGUUUGAGGCUACAGUCCAAAGUACAAGUUCAACAUUAGAUGAUAUUAAGUUGUAGAUCGCUUUGCUUAAUAUUUACAAGGUUUGUAUAUAAGUUUGCACAUCUCACUUAAGCAGGAGCUUCUGUGUUUUGCAGUUUGCAGCAGUUCCACAUUUCUCUUGCAGAGUGCCAAAUGUAAUUUCUUUUAUGGACCGUCAGUCUUCACCCUGAAUUAACCUCUAAAAUCUUAGCUAUGAGUUUCUCAAAAGUUUAGUUUUUAAUUCCCUUUUUGUCCUAUUAGACAGGCUGGUAUUUGUACAUUACAAAUGAAAUGAAAAUAUGUUGAGAAAAUGACUUAUCAGUUGUAUUUUUAUAAUCCAAAGUGUGCAGUUGGUUCAACCCUUCAAAAGCAGAGUUGUCAUAAAUAGGUUGAGGCCAGUUACAGCCUGAGCUAAAGUGUGUUAGGAUUUGCAUUUCAGUUCAAGCACUGUGAAACCAUAGCUACUACAGGGGGGGUCAAAAAUGUAAAUAGAAUUUAAUUAGUCCACAAACACACUUAUUUUUUUUGUAUUUAUCCUAUUUUCCUUUGUUCAGAUUUUAUUAUUUUGUUGUUUUCUUUUUUUUAAUCUUCAAAUGAUCAGAGUAGCUGCUGUCUUCUGUCCCAGUAUGAGUCCCUGGUUUCAAACAGCAGGGAGCUGAUUUUCAGAGUGAACGUUUGAUUUAGAUCAGUAUUAUCAGUCCGGAUGUUGGGGUUGCUGAGACCCACUCACACUUCACUCCCAAAACUCCCUUCAUCAAAUCUGUCGAUUAUGUUUCGCUCAUACACUUAUUUUGCUGUGAUGUUUGCUUGCGUUCUGAACGUCACUGUUUCCUUACAUAUUAUCAACCUUUCAUAUCUUAUAUUUAAUUUGUUAGCAAAUAUAUGUCUAUUGCCAAAUUUAGUAUAUCCUAUAAAUAAAGGUUUAUAGUUUGUGAAGUUUGGAACGUACCGUUUAAAAAAAAAUCUCUAGUUUAGUUUAAAGCUCCUGUUUCCCCGGAAGAGAGUUGAUCUUUCUUUCUGUUCUUGUAUAGUUCAAGCUAUCAAGCAGUUUGUUUAGAGGUCAAAUGUUAUUUUUGUGUCCUGAUGGCUUAUGUAAGCAAUAUGAUAAUAAAAAAGUUCUGUUACCUUUG